UAUACAUGUGUUCGAUCUGUCUUCAGUACCAAGUGACUUGUAUUCACACUCUUCUAGACGACGACGACGGCUGAGACUCCACGACACCGUCUUCACGGGAUUUAAAUAGUUUUUCAGUGAUUUAGACCACAGGAUUUAAAUAAUUUUUCACUCAAACAGCAACAGUGUGUAUGUGUGUGUGUUGACAAUUCCUAAUUUGAUCGACCGCAAAAAUCGACGAGGUUUCAGAUCAAUGUGCAUGAUGCAGAUGAUGAACAAUAUCCAGUGAAAAAGUUUAUACCAUUAUGAAUAAGAAAUGUUUUAUUACAAGGAUGAAGGCCUGGAGUGUAACGGCACAAGAAAAACUGUUGACUUGAUACAUGCUGGUGUGUUGAAGUAAGAGUUGAGAGUUCUGGAAUUGACAGUGACCAUCAUGGUGUCCUUAAAUCCUUUCUUUGCUAAAAGGCGAGCAAGGAAAUGGUGGCCAUAUAUAAUAGUUCUAGUUCUUGUCAUCAUUGGAUAUUAUAAAGGAAUGUUCUACCAAAUCUCAGAUUCAUCAGCUUCAAACGCAUAUGAAGAACAGACAAGAGCCACUAUGAAAGAGGUGUUUUCUUUACAGAGACAAGUCAAAUUGCUCAAAUCAGUACUGAAGCGCUACUCUAUACCAGAGAAAGAGUACUCAGAUGUUCUGUUACCAGUUAUAUACAUCAUCACGCCAACCUUUGCACGGCCUCAUCAAAAGGCCGAAUUAACAAGGUUAAAGAACGUGUUUCUCCAUGUUCCAGCGCUACAUUGGAUAGUCGUCGAAGAUGCGCCUCAAAAGUCACACAUGGUAUCUGAUUUUCUGGAACUAUCAGGCUUAACAUUCACCCAUCUGCACCAGCUGACCCCAGAUGACUGGAAACUGAAAGAUAAUGAUCCAAUCUGGAGGAAACCCAGGGGAGUUUUACAGAGGAAUGCAGGUCUGAAAUGGCUCCGGAGAAAAUUCCUCUAUGAUGGUAAUCCCAGGGGAGUAGUCUAUUUUGCUGAUGAUGAUAACACCUACAGCACAGAAUUGUUUAUUGAGAUGCGUGAUACUCGGACAGUGUCAGUAUGGCCUGUAGGUUUAGUUGGCGGAGUCAUGGUAGAACGUCCUCUGGUGAGCAGCGCAGACCACAAGGACACGGCUCCUCGUGUAACAGGCUGGCUCACGGGCUGGAAACCAAACCGUCCAUUUGCUAUAGAUAUGGCUGGCUUUGCUAUAAAUUUGUCGUUACUUUUGAAGAAAAAUAACAUUGAAUUCAACUUAAAUUCACCAAUUGGAUAUUUAGAAAGCAAUUUAUUGGAGAAACUAGUAACACUGGAUCAGCUAGAGCCCAAAGCAGAACUUUGCACAAAGGUAUACGUGUGGCACACAAGAACAGAGAAACCCAACAUGAAGGACGAGGAGAGGUUAAGGAAGGAAGGAAAAGCCACAAAUAACGGAAUUGAAGUCUAGAAGAUGGUUAUUAAUGAGAUACUACUAUAUUUGUAGGUAAUGUCACAAUAAUACAACCGACACAAGUAACCCAGCUUGUGCACGUGUGACGAAAUGAAAGUGGUUUGAUCCGUCCUGGACCCUAAGUCGUGACAGAGUGUGAGUCUAGUAUUUUCUUUAUCAAAGGAAAGGACUAUAUUUUUUGAGGUGUUUGCUUUGCUAAAAUUAUUGUAGAGCUGUAAUGCUUUGCAAAAUGUGAUUUAUCUACCAGUAUUAUUGGCUGGUAUAUAACAUUUUUUAGCAGAGUUCAUGCUUUGAUAUUCCAUGUACUGUGCUGUUAAUUUAUUUUUGUAAGUACAGUAAUAUUUCAAGUAUUCUUUGCUUUUAAUGGGUGUAUUUUAAUCAAUUUAUAUCAGCAUUUUAAAUUGUACAUCUAGUUAAUUAAUUAAUGGAUGAGAAAAAAUGAUUUAAAAUUAAAUUAGAUGAAGCCACAAACUUUAAAUGUCUUUUGCCCAGUUAUACAGUACUGUGUAUGAAAUUUGUAAAGUUAGCUAAUAUUGCAUAAGUACUUU